AUGACAACACAUCCCCAGACUGUGGUUCUCGAUGGCUUUAAGCUAACCGAAACCAAACGGCGUCUACGCGAAGGUACCGAUGCUGCCCUGCAAGUGGCCCUGGAUACCCUCACCAGGCAGGCCGAUGAGUGGCUAAGACAAGGGCCCUGGUCAGUCACCAUGAAAAAGAAGCCCCCACCUAGCGGUGACAUGCACGACUAUACUAGCCAGGCACCCUACUUCUGGCCAUCGCCAAAUUCACCAGACGGCAAGCCCUACAUCAAUCGCGACGGAAAGAAAAAUCCUGAAGUACUUGACUAUACGGACCGCGUCUACUGGGAAAAGGUUUUUACCUCAUCUACAGUCCUUGCCUUGGCCUGGUUCUACACAGAAAACGAGGCAUACGGUCGGCAUGCCGGUGAUAUCUUGCGCACCUGGUUCAUUGAUACAGAGACGCGGAUGAACCCAAACCUCAAUCAUGCCCAGCUCAUUCCAUAUGCCAACACAGGCCGCUUCAUCGGAAUCAUCGAUUUUUCCCAGUCUUACACCAGCGUACUCGAUGCCGCAGCCAUAUUGGAAACCGGUGGUUCCGGAUCCAGCUUCACCGACACACAAGAACCCUUUUGGUCUGAUGCUGAUGUCAAAGGCUUCUGGACGUGGAACGUCGACUUUCUUGCGUGGUUGACAGACAGCCCAUUUGGUCAGAAAGAGCGCGCGCAGCGCAACAAUCAUGGUAGCUUUGCCGCCAUGCAAAUGGCGGCCAUUGCACUGUUUGUUGGCGAAACAGGUCGUGCGUUCAAUGAGGUUCUUGGGAUCACCGCCCAUCUCGACGAGACCAUUGCGCCGGAUGGCUCGCAGCCCGAGGAGCUCACCCGUACUCGUAGUUGGCACUACUCAACCUUCAACCUCCUUGCCCUCACACGUCUCGCUUGCGUGGGGCGCAAGGUCGGAAUUGACUUGUGGAAACUUGCAGGCUCGCGAGGAGAGGGCAGUAUCUCACGUGCGGUGGACUUCGUGAUUCCGGCGGCGAUAGGUAGCGAAAUGUGGGCAUUUCCCGAGCUCGGUUUUAAGGCGUAUGCGGCGGCAGAUAUCAUUCGGACGGCUGCUGAUGCUGGACAUGAGAGAGCGAAAGGGGCAGUUUGUGAAAUACAAAUGCCGCCUGGAGAUUUGUGGCUAUUGAGGCCGGCACCGGAACAACUUGAUGCGGUCAAGGUGGAUGAACACUCCCGGUAA